ACGUAAUAUAAUACAACAUGACAUAAUUCUCGUUUUAGUUUACGAAUAGGUAGCUAGAACAAAGAACUGAAGACUGUCAAAACACUGGAGGCAUUUAAACACACACACUCACACACACAGGAAAGGAGUUGAGAAUAUGGCGAAUGACCAGUCACAAACUGCAGACGUUUCUGAAAAGGAUUUGCGAGAGUACAAGGAGGCGUUUGCGCUGUUUGACCGGGACAGCAGCGGCAUGAUCUCUAUAGACAAGCUGGGACUAGUCAUGAGAUCCAUCGGACAGAACCCCACAGACCGGGAGCUUAGAGACAUGAUCAACGAGGUGGACGCUGACGGCAAUGGUUUGAUAGACUUUGACGAGUUUAUGGAGAUGAUGGCCAGGAAGCAUUACGCAGACCCGGAUGCGGAACUCCUCGAGGCUUUCAAGGUAUUUGACAAAGAUGGAGAUGGUUAUAUCAGUGCAGAGGAGCUGCGGGCGGUGAUGGCAAGCCUUGGUGAGACGUUGACAGAAAAGGAGGUUAACGACAUGCUUCGAGAGGCUGAUAUGAAUGGGGAUGGCAAAAUUGACUACGAUGAGUUUGUACAAAUUCUGACCUAGAAGUACUCACGCCAAAGGGGAAACUAAAGCCGUUGAUGGACAUUAACCUUCUGCGCCACGUUAUGUUACAAAAAGUAUUACCACUGUGUAUCGCUUGUCCAUGUGUUCGAACAUUCGAUGUAUAGUAGUCGAUUCAUUACUUUACAUGCAUUAAGUGAUUUUUAAAUUAUAAAAUAACAAUGUUGAGAUGUUUGUAACUGAGUGCCAUGUUAUAACGAAUAUUUGGACAAUUGAAUAAAAUAUGC